AUGAGGUCGUUCAUUUUAGCGAGAAGGAUGCUGAGGAAGGAGGACGAUCAGGAUGGAGGCCGGAGCAGCAGGACGACGACGACGGCGGCAGCAGCAGCAGGCGGACUCGCAACGCUGGCCCGCGGGGGCGCCGCCGAGCCGCUGCCGGCCAUGGCCGAGCACGGCGAGCCGGGCUUCCAGCGGAUGGCGGCGGCCCUGGGGAACUCGACGGAGGGCGCGUCUGCCACCAUCCCGACCAAUCCCUUGCAAUUCCCGGUGCUCACUGACUUCUGGUGCGCCUGGGAUCUCACGGAUCGCAAGCGCACGCCCGCGCUCCUCAUAGACGACAUGCAGAUCGAGUACGAGGAGUAUGUUCGCGGCAUUGUCCCUCCAGUGAAGACGCUCAUAGAAGCCUUCCGCAAGGCGGGGCUCCCAAUCUUCUGGAGCACAUGGUGGCGUUUCGGCCCCGACGACGGCUUCUUCAAUACCAUGGACCGUUUCUAUGGCCCGAUUGGCUACCAGACGAAGUUCAACGCACUGUACAACCAUCUGCCCAACGGCGGCGACAUCCUGUCCGACGUGGCUCCGGUGACCGAGGACGAGAGGAGACGCGUCAUGCACAAGAGCUACUCGCUGGACAUGUUCGACGAGCGGCCCAUGAAGUGGCUGGUGCCGGACGGGCAGGAGACGCUGCAUGCGGAGCUGCAGAAGUUGGGGGUGGACACGAUUGUCCAGGUGGGCGCAUGGACUGAUGAUUGCAUCAUCUCGACUGUCUUCCAUGGAUUCAGCCUGCAGUACGACGUUGUCCUGGUUGAGGACGGCGUCACCACCGCCAGCAAGCAGCACUUCAACGCCAUCGAGGUGAUGCGCGGCGCGGCCGCCAAGGUGCUGCUGGCAGACCAGGUGGCGUCAUAUAUCCAGCUGCCUGCGGUCCUACCGCCGUCGCCCUCCAAGAGCUCCAAGCUGCUCGGUGGCCGCGCUGUCCGGGCCGCCGCGCUGGCGGCCGCCCCCGACGCGGCCGCGGCCACGAGCGUUGCCCCCGUGCUCAAGCCCGAGGUCGCCAACCUGCUAAACACCCUCGUGGUGGGCUCCCUGGGCGCGGCCGUCGGCUACCUCUGGGGGCGGCGAGAUGCGGCGAGGCGGGGCUCGAGGGCGGCGCUCCUCUCCUGA